GCUUCUGGCGAGCCAUGUUUGAAUGGACGCUUGUUGAAGAGGAUUGGCCGCUUUGCCUUGACGCUCAAGACGCUUUGGUGGAGGGUGUCCCGCCACAGUCUUGGGAGGGGUUGGCCCCUCGCCCAAUCCUGGACAAGGGUGGGUUCCGCUUCAUCGGGCACAGAAAGUUCCUGACUCCCAAGGAGGUCCUUGUUUGGGCAGGGCCACGCGGUGUCCUUCUGGUCCGGGCAAUUCCCGUGGGCUUGGCACUGCAAUGCACUUUCAAAGUGAUGUCUGGUUCUGCGUUGGCCACAGUUACUGAGCAUUGGACGGGGGAAUCGUGGGCAAGCUUUCCACUGCCAGAGGGGGUUACUGCGAUGAGCUUGCAUCGACGUGUUCGAGACUUCGGAUUGAAGACCGGGCUGUUGACAUCGCGCAACCAAGAUGUUCAUCUGCACGUCGGCAGCAGACGCCUUCGAAAAGAUGCCGGGAUUCUUUGGGAGAAGUCCUUUGCCACGCGGCCACCAAGAAGGACGAGUUGCAAGGAAGCUCAACCAACACGUUCGCCGCCUCUUUUUGUUUGCUCGAUCAGCGACCUAGCCUAUCGUGUAGCCACAGCCAUAGUUGAGUCCAUCGCUUCUACCAUCAUGGCAGCAGCUGCAGUUUGGAGCCGGCCGCCGCUUGUGGCCUAUGUCCUCCAGUACCUGGAUCUCAUCACCCAAGCUCAGUGCUGCUCCAUUUCAGCUGCCUUUGUUCCACUUCAAGCAAUGACAGCAGUGAUCGAAGCUAGCAAAUUGUCGCACAGGCUGCCAUCGGUCGCAACUUUCUUGGAAGCCGCGCGGGUGGUAUGGGGCAUGGUCACAGGGCCGCUGCUCCAUUUGGACGGGCAAUCUCUGAAAUGCCCAGGUCUGGCCGUCAUGACCACUGUGGAAAUCUUCUUGCCGCACUGGGAUGGCUGUCGCGACUUACCACGCGCGGUGUGGCAGGCUUGGAUUGGCCGGCCUGACGAGCCGAAGGAUGCCCAAUGGACGCAAGAGUUUUUGGGCGCGCGUGGGCUGAGCAGAGAUGUGCUCAAAGGUUUCGUGGAGUUGACUUUCGACGACGAAGACAUUGAGCUAGCAAUGGCGCCGUUGCGGCAAGGCCGUUGGACAUACCAUUGCUACCCUGGAACGACCGGCCAGGGCCUGAUUGGCCUUGACGAUGAAGUAGCCGUGCUGGAAUUCGAAGUUUUCGGCAUUUGUGGUGUUUUGUUCUUUUGGCCGGAGCCAUCGUGGCCGUGGUCAAGGGAAUCUUCAUGGUCUGACGAUUGGCAUUGGUGA